AUGGUCUUCGCCUCCCUCGUCGCUGGCGCAAAGCGCCUCGCCCUCGGUACCGGCGGCGCGACGCCCAUGCUCGACCUCUUCCCCAAAACGGACCCCGCCGUCGACGGUGACGAGUGCUCCCACGACUGCGAGAGCUGCCACAUCAAGUACCCGCGCGGCUUCAAGAUUGAGACGGAGGACGCCCUCUACGGCGUGCAGAAGGGCUUCAGCACCCACCUCCUCGUCGCCACCGGCAAGACAGACUGGGUUCGGGAGAUUGAGGACGAGGAGGGCAGCGUUAUGGAGGCCAUUGGCAAGGCUGCGGCACCAAGUAACGGGAAACUCAUGCUCUCCGCGACAAACAUGCCCACGCCCCACGGCACCAGCGACUACGACCACCCCACCACCGUCCUGCUGCUGCCCGCCUUCACCAUCAUCGAGAACGUCACGCCGGCCAACGUGCCCGCCCUGCUGACCGAGUUUGUCGAAAAGGCGCCCACCAACACGUCGCCCCUCGAACCCCUGACCCUGCCGCGCUCCCUGCCGGCGCCCGACAGCGCCGACGCCCAGGUCGCCGCCCUUGUCCGCCGCCCGAGCCCCCACAGCGCCCUCGUGCUGCUGUGCUCGCAGAAGACGCGCGACGCCCGCUGCGGCCAGUCAGCGCCCCUCAUCCGCAAGGAGCUCGAGAGGCACCUGCGGCCCCUCGGCCUCGCGCGCGACCUCGACGACCAGAGGCCCGGCGGCGUCGGCAUCUACUUCAUCUCCCACGUCGGCGGCCACAAGUACAGCGCCAACGUCAUCGUCUACCGCAAGCCUGACGCUUUCGGCCUCGAUUCCGUCCAGCGGGCCACGGCUGGGGGUGACGUCAGGCCAAAGGCUGUCGCCGCCGCGACGAACGGCGCUGCCGAGACGGAAGAGGAGGAAGAGGGAGACGUUGGCGUCGGGCAGUGCAUCUGGCUCGCGCGCAUCAUGCCCGAGGACUGCGAGAACCUUGUCAGGUAUACGAUUCUGCAGGGCAAGGUCGUCAAGCCGGAAACGCAGCUGCGGGGCGGCUUUGACCGUGGGAGGGGCGUCAUGAGCUGGUGA